GAGUGAACUCUAAAGGCCCGCCCAUCCCACAAACUUUUUAGAGCCAGAAAAACUUGCUUUCCCAGGUCUGCUGCUGAGUGUCAAACGGUGAAGUUAGCAGGAUAGCUGUGUGUCCUCUGUAUCUGCUCAAUAUGUAUAAAGUUGUUUCCAGUCUAAGUGGCCGCUGUGCAGUUUUAACAGGGCAGUCCUGCUGUCGGCCUGGUUUGGCCAAAUUCCACUUGGCAAGUGGUGCAUCAUGUCAGCAAUCUGCCUUCAAAUACCCUACCACAGGCGUCCCAGAGAUGCCCCCAUGUAAUUUCAAACCAGAGGAAUACAAGGGUAUGUCCAAAGAGCGGAUGAUGGAGAUCCGCAGACAGUAUUGCAACCCCAUGAUCAUGAAGGUUACCUACUAUAAGAAACCAGUGUUCAUCCUCCAGGGAUACAUGCAAUGGCUGUGGGAUGUGGAUGGGAGGCGAUAUCUGGAUCUAUUUGCAGGUGUGGCUACUGUCAGCGUGGGCCACUGCCACCCGAAGGUGACAGCAGCCGCAGAGAGGCAGUUGAAGAGACUGUGGCAUACUACUAAUAUCUACGUCUAUCCUCCUCUCCAUGAGUAUUGUGAGAAACUAGCUUCCUACUUACCGGAUCCUCUUAAGGUUGUAUAUCUGACCAACAGCGGCUCAGAAGCCAAUGACCUUGCUAUGUUGAUGGCUCGACUUCACACAGGAAACUUUGACAUCAUCACUUUCAGAGGAUCAUACCACGGUGGCAGCCCACAGACCAUGGGUCUUACUUCCAAUGCAGCAUAUAAAUACCCCAUUGCCAAUGGUUUAGGCUGCACAAAUACCAUGUGUCCUGAUGUGUUCAGAGGUCCGUGGGGAGGAAGCCACUGCAGGGACUCUCCUGUGCAGACCAUCAGAGAAUGUAGCUGUGCCCAAGGUCAUUGCAUGGCAAAUGAACAAUACAUUGGACAGCUCAAAGAAACAUUUGCUACGAGUGUCCCAAGUCGAAUUGCUGCUUUCUUUGGAGAGCCUAUUCAGGGAGUCGGAGGAGCUGUGCAGUACCCUAAAAACUACCUCAAGGAGGCUUACAAACUUGUAAGAGAGAGAGGAGGGAUCUGCAUUGCUGAUGAGGUCCAGACUGGAUUUGGGCGAACAGGAAGCCACUUCUGGGGUUUCCAAGGUCAUGACAUCAUUCCUGAUAUGGUUACAAUGGCAAAGGGCAUUGGUAAUGGAUUUCCAAUGGGAGCUGUUGUUACAACACCAGAAAUUGCAGCUUCAUUUGCCAAGGGGGUUCACUUCAACACCUUUGGAGGAAAUCCUGUGGCUUGCGCUGUUGCUUCAUCAGUGCUUGAUGUAAUAAUCCAUCUUCUCUUUGUACAUCAGUGCUGUUCAUCAGGAGAGAGAACCAUCAAAGAGGACGGUGCCCAGCAGAACAGUCUUAAUGUGGGCACCUAUCUGAUGACGGAACUGGCAAAACUCAGAGACAAGUAUGAGAUUAUUGGUGAUGUCCGUGGAAAAGGCCUGCAGAUCGGUGUGGAAAUGGUCAAAGACAAGGCCAGCAGGGACCUGCUGUCUCCUGAGGCAAUGAGUGAGAUCUUUGAGGACGUCAAGGACAUGGGAGUCCUAAUAGGGAAAGGAGGAGUGUACGGACAGACCUUCCGCAUCAAGCCCCCCAUGUGCAUCACGAAGGAGGACGCAGAUUUCUUCCUGGCAGUUUUUAACAAGUCCAUCCACAACUACAUGGAAAGAAGAUGAAAGUCAGUUGAAGGUCAGCUGGAUUGCUCAAUGCCAAGGACCAAACCUGGAACUCAGAACUUCUGAAUCGUGCUUGGAUGUAACAUUGUAUGAUUGUUUUACAAUUUGUCAUUUCUGAACAAAUGCUUUGUUGCUGAUUAUAGAUGUGAAUGUAAUAAAAAUGAAUCUGUGAGCUUGAGGAACAACCAUUUGUGCUAUUAAACAUUGGUCACACUGCC